AUGGAGGGCGAGGAAGAGGAGCGGCGCGCCCGGCAAGAAGCGCGCGCCAGCAGCGUCCACAGGGUGGAUCCAUAUGGAUUUGAAAGGCCAACAGACUUUGACUAUACAAUGUACGAAGAAUUCUUUUCUAGCUAUCUAGUGGUACUCACCAGAAGAGCAAUUAAGUGGUCCAAGCUUUUAAAGGGAAACAAUGGUUUACCAAAAAGUUUAAAAGUGAAACGCUAUAUUAGAAAAGGCAUUCCAAAUGAGCAUCGCGCACUGGUCUGGAUGGUCGUGAGCGGUGCUCAGGCUCACCUGGAACAAAACCCUGGAUACUACCAGAAAUUACUUAAAGGAGAAAAAAAUGACAAGUUGGUAGAAACAAUUAAGACAGACAUGAACAGAACAUUUCCAGAUAACAUAAGGUUUCGCAAAACUGCUGAUCCCUGUUUACAGAAGACACUCUACAAUGUAUUAGUGGCAUAUGGGCACCAUAAUAAAUCUGUGGGUUACUGUCAGGGCAUGAACUUCAUAGCUGGAUACUUGAUUCUUAUUACAAAAAAUGAAGAAGAAUCUUUUUGGUUGUUAGACGCUCUCAUUGGCCGAAUAUUACCAGAUUAUUAUAGUCCAGAAAUGAUGGGCUUGAAAACGGAUCAAGAAGUCCUGGGAGAACUUGUGAGAAUGAAAAUACCAGCCAUCGCAGAAUUGAUGGACAGACAUGGUGUCAUGUGGACUUUGGUGGUGUCCCGUUGGUUUAUCUGCUUGUACAUUGACAUUCUUCCCGUAGAGACUGUACUUCGAAUUUGGGACUGCUUGUUCUAUGAGGGAUCAAAAAUAAUCUUUCGAGUGGCCUUAACGUUAAUUAAGCAACACCAAGCUUUCAUUUUGGAAGCCAACAACUUCCCAGACAUCUGUGAUAAAUUUAAGCAGAUCACCAAAGGUCCAUUUGUAACAGAGUGUCAUACUUUCAUACAGAAAAUAUUUACAGAUCCUGGAAGUCUGCCGAUGGCCACCAUAGACAAACUUCGAGAAACUUGUAGAGAGAAGCUUACUGCUCAGAGAUAAAUGGGACAAUAUUUAAAACAAUCUACUGCAAAUGUGGGCACAUUCCUUCACUUAAUUGCACUAAACCAUGCACAAUUUCCAGUCUCAUUGAGUGUUGACUGGCACUUGACCAAUUUUUCCCAGCCUUUCAAGUAAGUGUUGUAAACUGGAUAACUGGAUCUUUUUUUAAAAUUACUGUAUAAAUAAAAUGUGAUCAGUGUGAUGGUGAACU